ACAAAUUUGAUGAUGAUGUGUUUGAUGUAAAUGAUUAUAGUGAAGUUAAAGAGGUUCUUAUAGUUACAUUAAUAUAAAUAUUUUGUUUUUAGUAGAUUAAAUCAUUUAUUUAAUUAGAUAUUAUUGCUUAUUAAAUUAUGUGUAUUUCGUUAUUAAGUAUAAAGUUUUAUUUUUAAUGUAGGAGUGGGAGGAUAGGAAUGACAAUGCAGGGAACAAAUUUGAUGAUGAUGUGUCGGACGAAGACGAACUAAUAAUAACGGGAAUUGUAGAUUAUUUUGAUGAUGAUGAUGGCAAAGAAGUUACACCCGAUAAACCGAGGACUCGAAAACCAUCACAAUAUUUGUGCCCUCCUUACACCGAGUUGCACACGACACCGAAGCAAAAAAGAAAAACAAAAAAGAAGGUUGAUAUCAAAUCAACAAGCCCCGUUCCUCCUCCAGUUUUUGGUGUUGCUCAUGACUUCUCCAUGUUGCGCCUGCAACCUUACGUAGCAGGCGGUGAGGUUGUCAUCCAAAAUUAUAUAUUUCAUUCAUAUGAUGUCCAGCAUCGUUUGUUUAAUUUCGUGUUAGAUAGAGAUUUUUGGAGCUCAUUGUUUGGGCAUACACACGACGGAUGGUUGGAGUCAGCGCAUAUAACCAUUUGGUACCGACUAUUGAUGGAGAAACGGUUUGAGAGCGACAGACAUACAAUAGUGCCUCCAAAUUUUUUUGUUUCCCAUGCUUUGGAAGAAGAACAGGACUGGAGGACGUUUAUGGCUGGUAUUGCUACGUACCCCAACUUCAUGGUUGCUUGGUGGGAUGUUGAUACGGUCUUAUUGCCGAUUCAUUCAUCCCCUAAUCAUUGGCUAUUUGGGGAACUACGAUUAGCGUCAAUGGAAGUGCAUAUUUAUGACAGUCUUGGUAGAGGGGCUUAUGAAAAAUUCAAAUCUGAAGGAAUCUUUUCCAAAUUUGAACGUCGGGUGGCAAAUUAUUUGGACAAGAUUAAGUAUUGGGCCCGGAGGAACAUCCCAAGGAUUCCAUUGAAUAUGCAAUUCAUUUAUGAAGAAAAUGUUCCCCAGCAAAGUAGUCAUUUGGGAGAUUGCGGUGUUUUUGUUUGUAUGUUUAUGGAGCAAUUGGUUUCAGGUCAACCAAUAUGUGUUCUUAUUGACCCAAAGAACGCAGCUUUAGAGUUCCGUCUAUAG